AUGCCAAGAUGGUAAGUAGAUGGAUUUCACUUAAACAGCUCUGUGCAGUUAAGUACUUCAAUAAAUGCAGUGUUUCUCAAAUCCUGUUAUGAUCAAGCACUGCACUUCAGCAUAUGGAAGAUUUCUAAAAGUUCUGCACAGAACAAUAAUAAUAAGUUUCUAGUAGUCAGUCAUUUUCAAGCUGAACUUUCCCUAUAAAGCUUUCUUAUCAUUACAAAUUACAACUGAUUUGCAAGAAAGAAAGAUGUUAAUGGAUUAAGUAAAUUUUAUGUGAAAUUAGUUUUAGAAAACUGCUACAAUGAUUUGUAAAAAGCAAGAAUUGGGUUGGGAAACAAGGUGUCCUAAUCUAUUGUACUUGUCUUAACAAAUGCUUCUCUUUCCCUGCCCCCCCCCCAGGUAUGUGCUACUUUCUCAAUGUUUUGGAUGUGCUGUGAUUGAGGAUGCCUGGCAUUAUUUUCUGCAUAGGCUGCUGCAUCACAAGAGAAUAUAUAAGUACAUCCACAAAGUGCAUCAUGAGUUUGUGGUAUGUAUUGCCUUAAAUUCUUGGUGAACGUUACCUAGUUAAUGCUGUAAUGCUGUGAGCAUAUAAAAGCACUAGGCAUACAUUAGCUAUUCUUUUUGUAAAAAGGGAGAAGAGAAAACAGCACGCUUAGCAAACUGUUUUCAUCAAGAGUUUAAUAUUGCUGUAGUUGGACAGACUUCGAAACUGAUCGCUCAAAAUAGUUUGCCAUUUUAAAUGCUGUGCUCUGAAUAUGUCUAACUUCUUAUCCACCAAUGACUGGCUAUAAAAUACAAAAAUCCCUUCAGCUGGUUUUCCCUACAAAUGAUCUCUGUCUGUUAUUCUGAUAAUGAUUAUGUAGGUUAGGAACAUAACCCACUUUGACCUAGUAUAUUUGUAGUGAAGUCUAACCGGCACAAUUCUCCAGUCUCCUGACUUACGUAGGUCCUAUUAAACAGAGAGACCAGUGACUGAACUUUAGUCCUUCUGCAUCACUGUGCUGUACAACUGAGCUAAAGCCCACCUGUAAGGUUUCAACCUAGAUUGGUUGGUUUCCCUAACAACCACCCUCCAAUUGCUUUUUUGAAUAGCUAGCUUCUAUUACUGAAAUAACACUCAGUAGGGAGCAUAGACUAAAGACUCAGAAAAACCUUCAGGGGGAUCUGAAGGUGAGGAAAGCAUCACUGUAAAGUUUUCAUAUAAGCUAUGAUUUGCUUCCAUUCUGAAUAUUUUACAAGGGGUUCUUAUUCUGUCGUCUUAAGUAAUCAUGGUUCUAUGCUACCAGCUGAAAUUAUAGUGUUUCAGGGGCAGUCCAGAAUUUGUAGUCAUAAAGAGUUGGAGUGGAGCUAAACACAGUUCACUCAUUCCUCUGUUACCUGUAUGUAACAUUAAAACCAGGAUCUGAGUGCGAGAGGGGGAGAACUCUGCUAGAACAACCUGGCCAUGCAGGAAGUACUGUUGUAUCUCGGGUUACAAACACUUCACGUUACAGACUCUGCUAACCCGGAAGUAGUACCUCGGGUUAAAAACUAUACCUCAGGAUGAGAACAGAAACUGUGCGGCAGCGGCAGGAGGCCCCAUUAGCUAAAGUGGUACCUCAGGUUAAGAACGGUUUCAGAUUAAGAACGGACCUCCGGAACAAAUUUAGUUCGUAACCCACUGUAUACAUUUCAGAUUAGCCGUAAAGUAUAUUUAUGUCUUGGCAUACAAAAGAGCAUUUUUUUCCCCUCUUCCUCCUUUCAUAGGCUCCGUUUGGAAUGCAAGCUGAAUAUGCACACCCUCUGGAAACCCUUAUCCUUGGAGCUGGGUUUUUCAUUGGAAUAAUGGUGUUUUGCAAUCACUUGAUUCUUCUGUGGGCAUGGGUGAUCUGUCGCUUGCUGGAGACCAUUGACGUCCACAGGUAAUCUACUUUCGCUGUUCAGUCUGGUCAUAUUCAUCAGAAAUAUAGAGGGUUGUAUUCAACAACGUGUUACUUGGGGUAUUAGACCUAAAUUAGUCAUCUAGGUGUACUCUAAGUCACACUUCGUUGAAUACCACCCAAAGUCACCAGGUAAAAUCUAUUCAAAUGACUUUUUUUAAAAAAAAUAAAUCUAUUAACUAUUCAGGAUUUCCUCUAAAUGUCCUUAUUCUAAGUGCAUGUAUUUAAGACUGAAAUCCUGUGCAUUCCUACGUUAGAGUAAAUUUCAGUGAGUUUAGUAGAGCUUGCAUAAACAUUCAGAGGAUUCCACUGCACGUGAUUCUUUAGAUGACAAGCUUACAAACUAAUUUGAUACUCUUUGAGCAAGUAGGGUCACCUUAAGUUCCACAUAAAAGCUGCUCUAUUAAGUAUCAUUAAGAUGUAACUAGAAAUGAUAAAAUAUAACUGGAAACUAUGCUACCUAAAUGAGCCUUAGGCUCACAUGCUCCCUCCUCCCCUCUAUUUUCACAUGUCAAAGAUAGAUACAGAGUGGCUGGGGCAACCCAGCCAGAUGGGAAGGCUAUAAAUGAAUGAAUGAAUGAAUGAAUUUAUUUAUUUCUUUAUUUCAGAUAGAAAGCUUUUUAAUGUUAAGCUAACUAGAAUUCAUUGUGAUGUCUGAACAAGUGAAACAAAUUAUGGUUAGAGAGAACAUUUAACCAUAAUUUUUAGUUGAUGGGAACAACAUUUGGAGAGCCAUAGGUUGGCCACCCUUGAUUCAUUGAAUACUUUCCCAGCAAAAUCUAGCUAUGAAUCCAGACUGUGUGUGUGUGUGUGUGUGUGUGUGGGAGAGAGAGAGAGAGAGAGCCCACAUUAUUCAACUAUUUCAUUCCUCUGUUUGGCAUAGUGUUGUGGACACUUUGUGCUGAAAUAUUUACAUGACCUCCUUGGAGGGACUAUAUAUAAAGCAUGUAUCAUCAGUACAGAAGUAAGAAACACAUUUUAAAUACCACAUGACGGAUGUUACUUCUACAGCUUCAGAAGUAUGUUAUCCAGUUGCAUAGUCCAGGAACUUCAGGGGUUUUACCACCAAGUUAACAUAGAAACUGGUAAAUGUCUAUGGUUGUAGUCCAAUACCCACUUACAAGAGAGUAAGCCCCAUUAAACUCAGUGGGACUUGCUUCUGAUUUUAGCAAUGCUUCACUUGAAUGGAAAUGCGAGCAGUAUCUUCCGUAUCUGUAUUGUAAAUUCUCCUCUCUCUCUCCUUAGCGGCUACGACAUUCCUCUGAAUCCAUUGCAUUUGGUGCCUUUCUAUGCUGGGGCUCGAUUCCAUGACUUCCACCAUAUGAACUUCAUUGGCAACUAUGCUUCAACCUUCACGUGGUGGGAUAAACUGUUUGGUACCGACUCGCAGUACAAUUCUUACAGAGAGAAAUUGGAGAAACAAGAGUGCAUGGUGGAAAAGAAGACCAAAUAA